GCCCCGCGCACGCCGCCCCGCGCCGCUGCCGCCCCGCGCCCGCCGCCGCCGAGCAGCAGGAGUGCACGCGGAACUGAGUCGGAGCUGCAGCUCCUCGCAGAGGCACACAGGGAGUCAGGAGAAGGGGUCUCCACGGAGCCGUUUUUUCUGAUCAGAGCACGAGGUGGACACGUGUCUGGGAGCCAGGAGCCAUGCGCAGGGACGGCUGGUACCCGGUGCCCUGGGGAGCCCACCGUGGGGGGCACUGAGCCCGGGCAGAGGUGGCGGGACCAUGGGCUGCUGGGGCCAGCAGGGAGGCGCGGUGGCGGGCAGGGCCGUCAGGGCACCAGCGUGCCACGGGCUGUAGGGGCUGUGCGGCGGGUGGCGUGCCCAGCAGCCCCUCGCCUGCCUCCCACACAGCAUCCCCUCUCUGCGGCAGCACGGGAUGAGGCCGCCCACUGCCUCGGACAGCUCCGGGGACGGGCGCAGCGCAGGGCUCCGAACGCCAGAGCUCGGCCCCGCUGCAGCGCCCCGCCACAGGGCCUCGGCCCCGGGGCCGUGAGCCAUGGUCAGCAGGGAGCCCCUUCCUGGGCUGGCCCCCACCAGCGAGGGCGGCCAGGAGAAAGCCAUGACGGUGCGCUCGGUGCUGCUCAACCGCGACUCACCCGACAUCGAGAGACGCCUUCAGCGCCGGCGCAACCGCACGCAGCAGGUCCGCUUCAAGGACCUGGUGGAUGGCAGCGCGGAGCAGGCGGGCAGCCCCCCACCAGGGCCCGCAGCCGCCCCUGGCCCCAACACCCCACGUGCCUCGCCGCCCCCCAGGGAUGCCCCUGAGCCGGCGGCUCUCUGUGCCUCGCGGCGGAGCUGGCCCCAGGCCCAGCCAUGCUCGCUGACGCUGCCCAUGCCCAGGAAGGCGUGCGCGAGUGCUGCCAUCCAAACCUCCCCCAGCCUCCAGAAGCCCUUCCCAGCCUCCCAGCCCCGCAGUAAGAGUGUCUGCAACGUGGCCGGGGUAGUGGGGCUGCCCACUGCUCUGGGGAGCACCCGCUGCCCAGGGGGCCCCUCGCCCACCCCCUCUGUCCGGGCUGUGCCCCCACAUGUGCCCGGCAGCCUCCCUGCACGUGAGCAUGCCGCCGCCCUCACCCAGCCUGCUGCGGCGUGCCACGCGUCACCGCCACUGCCCAGGGAUCCCUGUCCCCCUUAUCCGGGCACAGCCGGGUGCCCUGCUGCCAGCUGUACCUCCCCAGCCAAGAGCUGCCCCCCUGAGCCCUGCGCCAGGCCCUGCAGGAACCCCAGGGGCAGCCGGAGGCCCUCCCAGCGCCCGGCCUCUGUGCCCUGCGGCCAGCCCCAGCUGCCCGCUGAAGUGCAGGGGCUCGGCCGGAGCGACUCAGAGCACAGCCUGCCCCGUGGGCGCCUGCUGCCCCAGCCCUCUCCGCAUUGCCAGCAGACCCUCCCCACUGCGCACAUCCAGGGGCUCCACCAGCCAGCUCAGGGCACCCCCCCUCGGGACCCCCCACCACCCCAGCACCAGCUCUGCAGCUCGCCAUGGGGGGGGCCCUGCUGCACCCCGCCAGCCCCCAUCCUCCCAGCGCCGGGCUGGCACAGCUCAGCCACCACACCAGAGAAGACACCAGCUGCGCUUGGCUGUCUGGACACCCAUGACGGCAUCAGCAGUCGGCUACGGGCCACCGAUCCCGGGCACGGCCAGGUGGGACCAGGGGGAUGUGGGGAGCUGCUGCCUCCGGCCCUGCAGGGCUCCGGCACCGGGACUCAGCUGGGCGGGCGGGUGCCAGAGGCCCCACAGCGUGGGCAGCCCUGCCUCACCGCCCAGCAGUCGGAGACGCUGCGCCACGUCCAGGACCUUCUGCAACUGGUGGUUGCAGCCAAGGGGCCAGCGGCAGCGCCGGCGGGGGACGAGCAUGCCCGAACAUCUCAGGGACAGGGCCCUGCAAGGGCGCAGGGGGACCUGCAGUCCCAGCUGCAGUCGCUGGAAGGGGUGCUGGAGACCAGCCAACAAACCAUCCGAGUGCUGCUGGACGUCAUCCAGGACCUGGAGAAGAAGGAGGCCCAGCGGGAUGGGCGACACUCGUACCGGACAGGGCAGGACAUUGCCAACUGCGGGACGUGCCGGGACUGUGCCUGCAUCAUCUACAGUGUGGAGCACGACUUUCGGCAGCAGGAGGGCCGCUUCCAGAGGGUGCUGAGCCACAUCGAGGGCGAGGCAGCGCAGAGCUCCCCCGCGGCAGGGCCCGUCCCGCCGGCCAGGCAGGAGCCGUCGCCAGUGACCAGGCUGCCGGCGAAGCUGGACUCAAAGAAAUCAAGGCGCAAAUGCUUCUGGUUCCUGUAACCAGUGCUGCCGAGGGGCACGAGCGCCCCGCGCCCACGAGGACCAACCCAGCUCUGACGCCGCACAGGCUCCUUCCUCCUCUCCCUCCCUCUGAUGUUAGGGUUUGGGUAGCACCAGCUUUUAUAUUUUUAACUGUUCAGUUUAAUGUAAUGAAGCCCCUGUGUAAAUAAGAGGUGAGGGGAACAGCUGCUGUAUUUAAUGAGAAACCAAUAAAUUCUAGGGAGACGCUAUUUUCGU